AUGUCCACCCCCGCCGAAGAGUCUACCCCCGCCCGAGUGGCGGCCGUUUCGAUCAAGCUACCACCUUUCUGGCCAAAACAGGCCGGCAUGUGGUUCAGGACCAUCGAGUCUCAAUUCAACUUGCGAGGCAUCACCGAUGAUCAAACCAAGUUCGACUACACGCUGACGACCCUGGACGCCGACACUCAAGAAAGGGUAGCAGACUUCUUCGACGAACUCCCUGCCAAGGGACUCCGGUAUGACGCUUUCAAACGACGAGUCCUCGAGUCAUUCCGGCUCGAUGUGAAUCAACGUAUGGCUUCCCUGGUCAACCUGUCUAUCGGGGACGAUACACCUUCUAGACUCCUCGAUAGGAUGCUAGCUCUCUACAGGCCGGAUACGAAGGCUUCAACGAAUCCUCUCUUCCGCUACCACUUUCUCCAGAAGCUUCCCCUGCAUAUUCGUGAUCAACUGGCACCGAACGACCACUACGAGCUUCGGGAGCUGGCCAAGUGCGCUGAUAAGGUCAUGGGUCAUGGCCCAACUUCAGGGAGCGAUUCCGACAGCAUCGAUCUCACUCUUUCGAAGUAUCUUAGUUUGCUCAGGGCAUCCCUUGCUUCGAAGGAUGACCAUCCGAGUUCGCCUUCGACGAACUCGUUCGAUACUCUCGAUCCUGGAAUCCCUACUGCCCACUUCCCGGCUUUCCGCUGGGCUCUAUCCAGGGCGUCCCUCAAACUGGCGCUCCUCACCAAGACCGAGUUGGCAUAG